GGUGGGGUAUAAAGAAGGAAGAUGGUGGUGGAGUCAGGGACGUAUCAAGUAGCGAGGGCAAUAUUGGGGCACGCCAGUUGAGCGCGCUCUCGCGUUGACGUCAGACAGCCGGAGCCACAGAAGCUCCAGGGAGGUGGUACGCGUUCAACGGAUAGAAAAAUUUUCAAAGAGAAAUACAUCUACGUUCUAAUUAGCAAGCAUAAUGACGAACGAGAAAUUGGAUUUGGAUAAGACACUUUGGGAUCAGAAUACCUUCGUAGGUAGAUGGAAACAUUUUGCCUGGGUGACGGAUUUUCGGACUUGCAUACAUUCUGAAGAAGAAUUAAUGGCUGCUAAAAAAUUAUGCGAGGAUUACAGACUUGGAAAUGAGCCAGCUGGUACCACCAGAAAAGAAAUCAUCUAUGCCAAGAAGCUCUACGAGUCGGCCUUUCAUCCGGACACUGGUGAUCUACAAAAUGUCUUUGGUAGAAUGUCCUUCCAGGUGCCAGGUGGUAUGGCCGUGACCGGUGCCAUGCUCCAAUUCUACAAAACAACAACAGCAGUAGUUUUUUGGCAAUGGGUCAAUCAAUCAUUUAACGCACUCGUCAACUAUACCAAUAGAAAUGCAAACAGUCCAGUGACCACUAAUCAAUUGGGUGCGGCUUAUGUGAGUGCCACAGCAGCAGCAAUGAUAACAGCGAUAGGAUGUAAAUCUUUCUGGGAGAAAAGGGCAAAUCCUUUGAUGGCAAGGUAUGUGCCGUUCGCCGCGGUGGCUGCUGCUAAUUGUGCGAAUAUACCGCUAAUGAGACAAAAUGAGAUACGAAAUGGAAUCGAAGUUACCGACGAGAAUGGUCGAAAGCUUAGUAAAUCGAAGAUCGCUGCUGCGAAGGGCAUCAGUCAGGUCGUUAUCUCGAGAAUCGUUAUGUGUGCACCUGGCAUGUUGAUUCUCCCACCCAUAAUGGAAAGAUUAGAGAAAUACGCAUGGAUGCAAAGAAUUAAAAUCUUGCAUGCACCCAUACAAGUUAUGAUGGUUGGAUGCUUCUUGACGUUCAUGGUGCCGACUGCUUGUGCGUUGUUCCCACAAAACUGUUCGAUCGCAGUCAGUACUUUGCAACGAUGGGAGCCUGAAAAUUAUGAACUUUUAUUGAAGAAUUGCGAGGGAAAAGAUAUACCAAUGCAUUUAUAUUUCAACAAGGGAUUAUAAUACGGUCAAAGGUUCGCUCCAAAGACGAGUAACAAUUAUGUAUGUACUGUCGUUUGAGUUUCUCGUUAGAAACUUGUUAGGAUUACAUUUGUUUACAUAAUCUUGAAUGAAUUGAAUCAUUGAAAAUGGUGGUAGUGAUGAUAAUUAUGACGACGACGAUGAUGAUAAUGAUGAUGAUGAUGAUGGUGAUGAUGAUGAUGAUGAUGGUGAUACUUUUAGAUAUAACGGUGCUAUUUGUUGUACAUCGAAGUUCUUUUUUUUAUUUAUUUACUUUUUUCUAAUCGUCUGUACUCUGUUUAUAUACACACAUCGCGUAGAUCGAUUAACAGUCAAAUGUUUCUUCGACAUGUUUUCAGAUACUACAUAUAAAUAUUCUCGUUAAAAAGCAAUCGUCUCGUAGGACGGAUCAAGCAAUAAACAUUGACAAUACGUAAACUGGUGCUUUGUGCUAUAGGAAGAUAUUGUUUUUGUCUUUUACAUGCUAUUAAUGCUCAAAAGAAGACAGAGAAAGAAAGAGAGAGAUAGAGAUGGGAGAAACAAACAGAAAAUUGUUUAGUUAGCAAUAAAUAAGCGCUCGAUCGUAACCUUUAGACGAUUAUCGAUAAUUUGAUAUAUUUUGUCCUUGCGUUUCAUAUCUCAGGUGAUAAUAUUUAUCUUUCAAGUCGUUCAUUCGCCAAAGUGUUUAAGUCCAUCAAACCAAAGAAACAAAAACUGAAGAAAAAAAUAUAUAUAUAUAUGUAUGUAUGUAUGUAUAUAUAUUGUUUUUUAAAAUUUCACAUAUAUUCAAACGUAUAUUGUGUAUAGAGCGUAUCGUUACAGAUGUUACUUUUAUAUAUUACAUCUGUAUAAGAUAAAAUUAUUAUUAAUUUUAAAAUAUUUAAUAAUUAUUAAUUUAAUUUUAUGUUACAGAGGUAAGAUAAAAUUAAUAUCAAUUAAAGAAAAUAAUUAUUUUUAAAUAAUAUAAUAAUUAAUUUUAAAUUAAAUUUAAUAAUAAUUAAUAAUGAAGUAGUGAUAAGUUAUUUAUUAAUGAAUUGUCACAUGAAGUUUUGUCAUUUAGUGGCAUAAUUAUUAAGGAAAUUUAUUUUUAAUAUAAAAAUUUAAGUACAUAUCAGUCAACGGUUUUAGUAGGCAAACUUAAGAAAAUUCCAAAAAUGGGAUUGUUCGCUUUGGUGCGUGAAUGGCUCAAUUGUUACUUAACUAAUGUAUUUCAAAUGAGAAAAACCACAUCGCAGAAGAGACAGCUAAAGUAAACUAAACUAAACUAAUUAACUAGUCAUGUCGUUUGAGAAGAAACUGACUGAUGUUUAGGAUAUUGAAUAGAAAACGUAUGAAGAAAAGAGAACAAACAAAAAUAUGCUGCCAUGUAUAUUUUAGUAAAAAGUUUCAUUGUCAGUAAAUAUUACAAAAGAAAUUGUGUCAACGAUGA